AUGGAAAACAUCAACCUCCUCCCCCGCCAAAACCCCCCCGACAACCCAGACACCAUCCCCGACGGCUGGGUAGUAGACGACGACGGCGUCGCCCGCCCCUGGUGGUACUCCCGCGAAGGCUACAUCGUCAAGUGGUCCGUCUUCUUCGGCAUCGUCUUCCUCGUCGGCCUGUACCUGCUGCUGGGCUACCUGCACGCCAAGGCCCGCGUGCGGAAGGGUCUCGUUCCUCUCUACUAUCACCGCUGGCUCGUCAGCAAAUCCGAACUCGCCUCCGUAGACCCCCUCUACGCCUACCCGCAAUCCACCUUCCGCCCCUACUAUCCCCCUCCCCCCCAAUACUCCAUGUAUCCCGUCGCUCCGCCCCCCGUUUACGAACCACCCGCCGGAGCCACCAAGACCGAUCCGUCGCAGUCCUUCCCCGCCGACGUCGAGGCCGGUCAGAGGCCCGUUAGCGGGUUUGCGCCGCCACCUGGUCCUCCACCUCCGCCGGCGGCUGGGCGUCAAGGGGCCGUAGCUAAGUUGCUUUCGAGAGUGAGGGGUCGGUAG